AUGGUUUACACUUAUUCUGUGCUUACUGCCGUCUUUGUAGUCGGAGUCGCUUCUUCCGCUCUUGCUUUGCCUGUUCAAGGGUCCCGCUCACAAGAACCCAGUAAUCAUCAGACCCCUACUGUACUUGCUCGCCGUGCGUCCUUAGACGCACGUGGUGGAGACAAUCCUUCCGGCUCUGGCUCCCAAGAUGCCAAACCAAAAUCAGAAUUGUUUACGUCUGGUUCUAACAAUGUCAAUGAGGUAGAUUUGUCCAAAUCCCCGGCCCUCGAGAAAGGUUUCAACUUGCUCAAAAAUCUCCGCAAUAAGCAACACUUUGAGCCAGGUGCCCCUUUUCCUCGCUCUAGUAAUAAUGCAUCGCCCUCCGACUCGGACAAACGCGCGCGCCGUAAUUACUUCGAUGUUCGGGAUACAAUCUCUGCCACUAGUGGCUCUGACGCUCCCCUCAUCAUUUCGCCAAAGACUCCUGCAGAAUCAGUUUUCACCGGGACGGUGGAAGUGGGUAGUCCCUCCGCGAGCAACGCUGGCCCUAUGGGUCCGUUCGAACUCACGGGCCCUGCGGAGUCGGCCUUGCCUCAUGGCGGACACCACAUUCGUUCCUACGGCGAGGACUUGGAUUAG